AUUUUUCACACAGCCGAGCUAGCACUUUCUUCUAAUUCCAAAUCUCCUUAUCAGAGCCAAGUUUUUUAAAAGAAGCUAGCCUAUGGCAGCCUCUAUUCCCUGUUCAUCCUUGAACAAAAUCAACAAAGAAGAGAGGGAUCAUGAAAGCAUAAAAAAGGUUGAGAGAAGCUACCAGAGAUAUAGAGAGAUAAUCUCGACCCUUCCAAAGGGGAAAGGUUGGAUAGCUGAUGAAUUGUGCCUGUACGAGGGCUUCUGGUACCCAGCCACGCUUGGCUUGGCAGGUGUCAUGUUUGCUCAGGAACAUUUCCAGGCUCGUCCUGACGAUGUUUUGCUGAUCUCAACACCUAAAUCGGGCACCACAUGGCUCAAAGCCAUAAUUUUUGCCAUCAUGAAGAGAACUUGCUACACCAAUUCUACUCAUCCUCUUCUUACUACCAACCCGCAUGAUUGUGUUCCCUUCUUCGAGUUUCAACUUUUUUUGAAACCUCCAGUUGCGGAUGUUGACAACUUACCCUCUCCACGUAUAUUCGCAACCCACAUUCCUUACACGUCAUUGCCUAAGUCUAUUAUGGAUUCUGGUUGUAAAAUAGUCUAUGUUUGUCGGGAUCCUAAAGACGUGCUAAUAUCCAUGUGGUACUUUCUGGCCAAGAUGAGAUCCAAGGAGUUUCCACCUGUCUCAUUGGAAGAGGGAGUCGAGUUGUUUUCUAGAGGGAUUUCUGGACGUGGGCCAUUCUGGGAUCACGUGCAAGGGUAUUUGAAGGCUAGCCUGGAGUGUCCCGAGAGAUUUUUCUUCAUAACUUAUGAGGAAAUGAAGAGAGAAACAUUUGUGAAGGUGAAAAGAUUGGCAGAAUUUUUGGGGCAACGUUUCUCGAUGGAAGAGGAGAGGGAGCGGGUUGUGGAGGAAAUUAUAGAACUUUGUAGUUUCGAUAAGUUGAGGAACUUGGAGGUGAACAAAAAUAGUUCAUGCGUUAUAGAUUUAAAGAACGACUCGUUCUUUAGAAAAGGUGAAGUUGGUGAUUGGAGGAAUCAUCUAACUCCUCAAAUGGUCGAGAGGCUAGACCAGAUUACCAAUGAAAAAUUACCUGGCAUAUUUUGACUAGUAGUAUUACUAGUAUAUGAUUAUCCGUUGCUACGGCAAGUGGUAAGCGAGAAUCUCUUGUUCUCGCGUGGUGGUUGUUGCGGUUGUUUGUGUGAUAUAAUAAGCGAGAAUUUCUCGUUCUUCUUGUUGUUUGCAUGAUAUCUCUCCCAAUAAUAAGCGAGGAAUUUCUUGUUCGAUCUCGAGGUCGUUGUUAGCAAUACCUCUCCCUAUGGUAAGUGAGAAUAUCUUGUUCUCGUGAUGGAAUUGUUAGGGAUCUCUCUCUCCCCAUAGUAAGUGGGACUAUGUUGUUCUUGAGUGGUUGUUUGUAUUUAUUCCUAGCAUAUUAUGAAUGUAGUAAUUGAUUUGUCAGAAGAAAUUUAUGAUUAACAUUUUGUACUUCGAGUUUGCCAGGCAAAAUUUGUAAUUUGAAAUUUUAUUUUGUUUAAUCAAAACCGAAUUUCUAA